AUGAGUGUACAAAAGUGGACUGAGCUUGCCACAGACUUCACGGAAGGUGAGAUUGUUUCGGCCGUCAAGCGCUCCGUUCUGCAGAAGAAAUUGGACGUGAAUGCUGUUGUAAAUGGCGGGAUGGACACUGUAAGGAGGGAGUCGCUAGAAUUGGCGCAAGAAGCAACACCAAAACGAGGACAGCGCCGCAUGAAAGCCCUCAAUGCGUUGUUGCCCCCCGGUGGACGAGAUGAGGCGACCCUCACCGACUGUUGCUUGGGCAACGAAUCAGUGAUCGGACUCAAGAACAAUCCCAACAUUGACCGAGCAGAGGGGCUGACUCCGUCCACGCCAUGCUAUGUGCUUGCACCCCAUGAAGAGUAUGCAAUCUUGAGUGUAGAGCGCAAAGAUGAUGACUCUCCAAAAUUUUUGCCUGAUGUCACGCGCCUGGGCCGAAUCAAGACGUGCCACUACGUGGCAGGAUUGAACGUCUUUGAAAAUACCCUGGGAGCUUUCCACAUUCAGAGACUACGAGCAGACACGCAGACGACGGCAGAAAUGUGGGUUCACCAACAUCAACAACAUCUCUAA